AUGGGUGAUCCGGUGACGGGUGUUGCACCCAAAAAUUUUGUGGAUAUCUUUUUCCGUGAAGAGCGUAUGCCUAUUAAGGAAGGGUGGACGAGGCCUACGACGUUAAUUAGGGGUCAAACAAUCUCUUCCAUUGCGGACAUCAUCGAAGCGGCUUCGGAGUUGGGAGCGGCAAAUGUCCUUUCAUUCGGGUCAGUCCUGACAGUGAUGUUACUUCUUGCCCACAUUCCUACGAGUGGCUCUUCAUCCAGUUCUGGUGACUCUGAAUCAGACAGCUACAAUGCAGAGAUACAAGACGGAUAUAAUGGCCGCCGUUAUCUAAGAUCCGUAUUUCCCAGAGUCGUCAUUAUCGAGGACGGGCCAGGUUUCUCUCUCAGUAUUUCGCCUCUGGUAGCAAAAUUCAAUUAGCGAGGGAAUACAUAGGUCAGUAUAUUCGAGUUCGGGACCCAAUUCCCCAACUUUAUAAAGCCAGAAAGUUAUAUUUGUACGUAUUCUCUAAACUUCGGUAUCCAUCUCUGGUAUAUUUAGGAUAUGAUAAAAC